AUGCAAGAUAAAAUAAAUUCAAAAGAAGAUAUUUCUUCCAGUUCUUCCUGUGAAGAGAAUGAUGAAAAUAAAAAUAUAUUAAAUCCACCCAAUAGAACAAAAAUGAGUAAGGGAGAAAGAAGAGCAAGGAAAAUGCUUGUAAAACUUGGCUUAAAAGCAGUACCAAAUGUUCAUAAAGUAAUCAUAAAAAAAUCUCAAAAAAUGGUUUUUGGUGUUUCUAAUGUUGAAGUUUAUAAAAUUGAAGGAACUGACUCUUAUGUAAUAUUUGGAGAUGCAAAAACUGAUGAUUUAACAAAUUCAAUUAAUAACUUUAUGCCAGAUAAUUUAUCAAAAGAUCCAGAGGUUCCUAUUGAAACAGAAACAAAUUUUGAAUCAGCCGAAAAAACAGAAGAAAAAGUCCAAGACUUAGAUGAAGAAAAAGUAGAUGAUGUUUCAAUGGAUGAUGUGGAGUUAAUUAUGUCACAAACAAAAUGUAGCAGAGAUAUGGCAAUUAAAGCUUUGAGAAAAAAUAAUAAUGAUUUAGUUCAAUCAAUAAUGGAAUUGAGUGGUUAA